UAGGGAUAAUGCUGCAGUGCGUAUGAGACAUAGGUGCCGUUGGAAUUAUCCCCUCUUUUAACCGGUUGAUGAACGCUAGCUAUCUAAUGGGGGAUUAUAGUUUUGGAAUAACAUCUAAUGUGACUGCUAUAUCACCGGUAGAUUAUAAGCAAAACCCAAGCAGUAAGUCUUUUUUUAGCGGCGAAUCUGUGUCCCAUACCAUGCAAGAUGAAUUGCUCAUGGACAAGUCGAAUACUACCGCUGCAGGUAAACAAACGGAAUCGCAGCAGCAAACAUCCACGAAUGGUGAAGCUUUGGUUAAUAACAGCGAUGGAAAUAUGGAGGAAUAUUCCAGUUCUAAAGCAAAAAAUGAAGACAACGAACUCUCUGUAAACAAUCAGCUCGAAAAACAAGUAAUCGAAACUUCAUCAACAUCAGGAACACCGAGCUCAUCGCUGCAAUUAGAAUUUUCGGAUGCUGCUAUCACCACAUCUGCACCAACUUUUUGGUCUGGUGUAACUGGAGAUGAUGCUUUCAGUUCUGGUGUAUCACCCUUAAAGAAUACUCUAUCAUUUCAAAACUUUCCAAAUGUUUCAAAUCCAGUUUUCAAUACUAGUUUAGGACCUCAAAUAAAUAUACCUCAGUCUUUACCCCCUCAAAGAAGGGCGAUUACCGGUGCUCACAAUUUUAGCCAAAAUAGGCAUCAACAGCCCCAGUCAAAUAUAUUGAAGACUUUCUCUAACUGGAGUAGUCCUCAAAAUACAUCUUGGUCAGCUCCUCAAACACCUAAUGGGCUGUUACCAUGGAAUGCAAUGAAUCUCGCCAACCAGAAGAGGACGGUGCCAAAUAUCAAUCCUGUUUGUUCUCAGAAAAAGACUCAACCUGCUGUUGGGCAGCAUUCAAUGGUAAUAUCACCGUCCAAAUUUAGAAGAAGUACUUCUUUGCCGCUUGGUAAACAAUUCCCUCAUUCAUUUGGGGGUAACCCACCUUUUGAUAUGUCUACACUUGAUGAAAACAGAGAUGGAAAUAUGAUAUUCCCUUUCCCGGAUCACCAGAUACCAAGCAACAUAAAUUCAAGUACCAUAGAUGCAUUGAGAUUUCCAUUAGAGCAGCAGCUGCUUGAUAUCAUGCGAUCAUCGAAUGCUGAUAAUCAAGAUCAUUUUAAAGGUUAUGUGAACUAUAGUGCAAAUAAUAUUCAAAGUAUGGGAAAUAUGCAAGCAUUCGAUAUUGAAACUGUAGUUGAACGUUUAUUGAGUUUGUUACAUUUCAUUCCUGAUCGUGCAUUGUGUUUCAUGCUGAUUGAGAUUUUCAGAUUUGCAUUCCCCCCCUCCCCCACUCGAAGUUAUGGAAGACGGCGAGGAAGAUCUCCAUUUUUUACUGGCAUUGAAGACAAUCAUUUAUUAGAUGAUGUUCAAUUAGAUCAAAUUGUUACUUCAUUUAGCUCACUUCAUAUGUCCCCGAAUGCUCCAAGAAACUCUGAAACUGGAGAACGAUAUUCACGCAAAGUAUUUGUUGGUGGUCUUCCACCUGAUAUUGAUGAAGAGGAAAUAACAGCAAGUUUUCGACGCUUUGGCCCUCUUGUAGUGGAUUGGCCUCAUAAAGCUGAAAGCAAAUCCUAUUUCCCACCUAAAGGUUAUGCUUUCCUUCUUUUUCAAGAUGAAUCAUCUGUUCAAGCUUUAAUUGAUGCGUGCAUUCAAGAAGAUGAAAAACUGUAUUUAUGUGUUUCUAGCCCAACAAUUAAAGAUAAACCGGUACAGAUUCGUCCAUGGCGCCUAAGUGAUGCUGAUUUUGUAUUAGAUGCAUCCAUGCCUCUUGAUCCUAGGAAAACUGUAUUUGUUGGUGGAGUUCCUCGACCUCUGAAAGCUGUGGAGUUAGCAAUGAUUAUGGAUCGUUUAUAUGGGGGAGUGUGUUAUGCUGGUAUUGAUACUGACCCAGAGUUAAAAUAUCCUAAAGGGGCAGGACGAGUUGCAUUUUCUAAUCAGCAAAGUUAUAUUGCAGCAAUCAGUGCUCGUUUUGUGCAAUUACAACAUGGUGAUAUUGAGAAAAGAGUUGAAGUCAAACCAUACGUUUUAGACGACCAAAUGUGUGAUGAAUGUCAGGGUUCUCGAUGCGGAGGGAAAUUCGCUCCUUUCUUUUGUGCUAAUGUAACAUGUUUACAGUAUUACUGUGAGCACUGUUGGGCAACCAUUCAUUCCCGACCUGGUAGGGAGUUUCAUAAACCUCUUGUAAAAGAGGGAGCUGACCGACCUAGAGCUGUACCAUUUCGUUGGUGUUGAAUAAGUUUUUUCUUUUUAAUUCAUAUAUAUAUGUAUGUGUGGUUUAAUGGGGACUUUUGUAUUUUAUGGCUUUUUGUUGUAUACUUCGUAAGAUAUUUAAGUAAGUUAGGUUUUUUUUUUUUUUUCACAAAUGUGUAUACUUUUAAUAUGCAUCUAGUCAUUUUGUUUUUCAGUUUUAUAUCUAUAUAUUAUGUUUAUCUAUGUGGCUAACUAUAAUUAAGAUAUCUGUGUUUUUUAUCUCAAAUAUUAAUUUUUUAUGAGAAAGUUUUUAAUGUAGUUCUAAUUAUCUUUUUGAGAUAUGCGUAUAAUUAUCUUCUUAGUUAAUUUAAAUAAAAUAUUUUGUUGGUGUUUUAUAGAUUGUUGUAUGUUUAUAAAUAAAGUGAAAAACUAAGUAUGUAAAAAAAAUCACAUCAUUAAAAGAGCACUAUGAAAGUUUGCAGAAAGAACACAUAUUCAAAUUUGUGAAUUGUAUUGUUAAAAUCCUUGUAUAAUUGGUUUUCAGAGUUACCUGUAAAAUAUUUUAUAGAGUAUAAAUUUGGUAGGCUAAACGAAUGAGCAAAUCAUGUAGUGCUCUAAUAGUUGUUAAUGGAUAUAUGUUUGUGGGUCAGUGGAAGGUAUAAUUUUUUAUAUUCUGCUAAAUGCAGAAAAUCCAACCUUUGUGUUGGUCAUUUGUUUCUUUCAUAUGUUUUUAUAAACUAUCAAAAACCUGUCAUUUCCUAUAUACACAUAUAUAAUGAAACUGCAUAAAUUUUCAUUCAUAAAAAUUACAUAUGGCCGACAUAGACAGGUUUCAUCCUGUACAUAAAUGUGGUUUUCAUUAAAUUCAUGUAUAGAAUUCGUUGGUCUGAAUAUUGAGAAGAGUUUCUCUCAUUAGUGACAUAUCCUUAUUCUCCCAGAAUAUUUUAAAACAAAGUCCAAAUGUAUAAGGUAUACUAGUUUAAGAAUAGGUAAGCUGUAUGCUAGAAAGCUGAGUUACUGCUUCAUCCAGGUGAUGUAGCCAUAUAUUAAGAUUUUAUAUCUUAAUGGUGAAGAAAAGUAAAAUAUUCUGUUUCUUCAUGUUCUGCUUAUUGGGAACUAGAGUCAAACUUUAGUGAAGUUCAAAAUUGUAACUUAACUCUAUUGACUCAUUAUUUAAUUUAGUGUAUGUCAUAUGAAUUUUUCAGUGCAGUUCUUAGUAUCCUGAAAAGAUAAUUUAAUAAUUGCAAGAUUUAAGCCAAAGGCAAAAAGUAGAGCAUUUUAGUUAAAGGAAUAAUAUGUAGAUUCAUUAUAAUUUUUCUGUAACUGUGUUUUUGCAUUUUAUUAUAUCUAUGUGUGUGUAUAUAUAGCAUUAAUACAUAUGUGCCAAUAAUACUAAAAAUUUUUGUUCAUGUCAUUUUUAUUUCAACGUUUUGAUUCAGUUAUUUAUAAAGUAAAAGCAGAUUUAUAUGUAAAUUGUUCUUAAGCAUACAGUGAUACUUAUUUUCAAUUUGUUUUUUUUUUUAUAUAUAUAUUAUUAAUAUUUUCGUUUCAUUCGAAAUUAUUGUAAAGUGUUCUAUUCCAGAAUUCCAUGUAACUUUUGAAUAUUGUAACAUAUGAACAUGCUUUAAAGAUUGGAAAUUGUUCCUAAUGUAAUGAUAUGAGAUAUUCUUGUAUUGGUUGCUAAAAUUAUCUCAUUCAUUCUAGCUGCUUUAGAAUAGUUACAAAAGCAUUCAGUUACUAUUUUAAAUGUUUUUGUAGCUUUUAACUAAGUUUGAUCUAUUUUUAUAUAGUAUUUUCUUAUCUUUUGAAAUUUCAUGCAUGUUUUUUGCAAAAAUUCCUAACAUAUGAAAUCAAUAUUUCAUUGUAGUUGUGAAACUUAAAUCUAGUGAUAGAAAAAUGCAUAUACAGGAAUGCAAUAAAUAUUUAUGUCAAAGAAACUUUUAUCUGCAUACUUAUUAAAUAUUUUGUAUUUGUCAUCUAGCUAUAGUAAUAUUCCUAAUACGUUACUGUAUUGACAGAUAAAAUACGAGAUGCAAUUUUAUGAUUUCUAUUAUAUUUAUUAAGAUCUAAAUUAUUUAUAAUUAAGAAGUUUACAUGCUGUUUUUUGCUGUUGUAGAUGGCGACAAUAUAAUCCUAUUUCUGAAUAUUUAUUGCCUCUUGUGAAUGAUAUUUCAUAUUGCUUGGCAUCAGAUCGAACUGUUAACUUAGCACAUUCUUUACAAGUAGGAUUAGGGACAAUCAGAAGUAAAGAUGUUUUCAUGUUACUCUAGACAGUUGAUUGUGGAUUUGUAUCUGCUCUUGUUCUUACACUCUUGACCUUAAAUGGAAAUAUUUGUUAAUUAUUGUAACAUUUUUGUAAUAGUGCUUUUUUUAGAUAAUAUUGCUGUAAGUUACUGCUAGAAAAUUCAUUUUUUAUCAAUUCACAAACUUUCUGCCUUAGUGUUUCAGCAUGGAAGCUCUUGUAUGAAAUCAGAAAUGAUCUAGUAUCUUUGUAGAAGAAAACUAAUAUUCAUUGCUUUUAGCAUUUGAUUUUCUCAGUUAAAAAUGUGUUUGUGUAUGGUAUUCAACUAUUUGUUCGUUUUUUUUUUUUUUUUUUUUUUUUUAGGCAGUUUUCUUUUCUUCUUGAAAUUUAUACCAAAAUGUAUACUCAUUCAGUACCACUUAAUAAAUAAAAUUUGUAUUCCUGAUUAAUUUUACAGAACUGUAAUUUCUGAACUUCUAGAAAUGUAGAAUUAUUAUAAACUUUUUAUUGUAGCUUUAAAAAUAAAAACUAAUAGCAUAUUUUCAUAUUAAUAUUUUCACAUCAUUUGUCUGAAUUAGAAAAAUUGUUUUGCAAUUAAAAUAUAUGCUGUAUAGUUGUUUUUGAUUAGGAAAUUACCAAGUUCUGAUUGCAUUAUUGCUGUUAAAUUAUGCUAGUACUUUUAAAGAGCAUACUGUUCUCAUAGGACCCUGAAAGGAUUUAUACUCUAAUAUCCUCCUGGCUGCAUUUCUUAAGUCUUUCUCAAACAAAUAAAAAUUGCCUGUAUAUGAGCAAAAAUAUCUCCUAAAAAGGUGGUAUAUGCACCAUUACAUUCUCUAAUUGCAUUUGAAUAUGCAUAAAAAAGUAAAUGACAUUUUUAGUCCUUUGUAUAUCUUGCACGAAUUGAUUAUGUAUUGACAAUCUAGAAUGACUGUUCAAAAUGUAAGUUAUUUUGCUUCUUUCUUAAUAAAUCUUGCCAGUUUUAGUACUACAGUAUUUUUAAACACUCAUGUAGUAGUAGGAAAUAUGUUGUCAUUAAGCGAUCUGAGGAUUUAUACACUAGUUUUUUUAUAACUACUCGUCAUGUAAAUCCAUCAUUUUAAAUCCUUUUGUGAACUUUAUAACUUAGUGCCAUGUCUCUAACUACUUUAAAGUACUUUGCUUUUUAAAAUUACGUCUCUUUUUCUAGGGCAGUGACUAAUGUGCAUGAUUUUUAUAGGCACAUUUUUAUCAUCCCCAUUUUUUAAUGCUUCUUCACUCCAAGAUAAGAAAAAAAUUGUCAUCUGAUAGUUCAUGAAAGUGCUCUCUAUCCUUAAAUGAAUAAUGUACAUAUUUUGAAAGAAUAAAAUAAUUUGUGGCCUGGGUGCAAUUAUAUACUUACUUUCACUGUAUACUGCAACAGGUUUAGCAUUAUUCAUUAUAAUUAUUGCUAAUAUGUAGUAUUAUAGGAAACAAAUGUAAGACUGGAUUUCUAUUUUUAUAUCAGUAUUAACCAUUCGAUACUUGCUAAAACUGAGAAGUAAAGUUAUUUGUUGGAAAUUUUUAUAUUUGUUUAAUUUUCUUGUCCUUACUUUAAAUUCUUAUAAUUUGUUUUGAUAUUUAAUAGCUGCUGUAUUAUAAAUUAUUAGUUGUAAUAUUAUAUUCCUCAUGAUGUCGGCAGUAAUUUGUGCAUUAUAUUAAAUUUAUGCCUACUUUUUCUGAAAUCCUUUGGGAUUUAUCUUUACCUCUAAUGUAGUGUUGCUACAAACUGCUUAAGUUUAGAGUGCAUAUGAAUAUUCAAAUUUUAUGCAUGUUUCAUGCUAAUAUUUUUUAAUAUUGCAAAUUAUAUGUAGUAUAUUAUCAAGUUUAAAAUGUGGAAUUGUUUGGGGAGAUGGUAGUUGGUUUUAAACAUUGUGAAAGGGGAAUAUACUGAUCAUGUGACAAAUAUCAUAUUACACAAUUUACAAAUGAAAGACUAUUCUCAGGAGAAUGAUAAACAAAACAUUUCACUUUUGGCUGUUUUAAAUAUUGGAUUAGAAGUAUUAGUGCCUUUGUUAAACUGCAUAUAUAAAUAUUUAAAUUAUAUGCAGUUGAAAAGGAUCUUUGUAAAAUAUUGAUAAUUUUGUAAAAAAAGUUACUAAUACUUUCUGGGUAUCAAAUUUAUCCGUGUAAAUUUGAAGAUUUACUGAAGCAAAGGUAAUUGUGGAUUACAAUUAGAAACAUAUGCUAUCUAGAAAUUUUAUGGUUUCCAGUAUGAAAGAGAAAAAUUAAUAGAUUAAUAGUAGGAAAAAUUAAUAUUGAAAAGAAAUUAAUAAUUUCAUUUUGUUUUAUAUUCUGCAAUCAUAUAAACUAUGAAAUCUUUUCUCCAUUAUAAAUUUACAGUUAAUAAUAUAAAACUCAUAUGCACUUGUGCAUACAUUUUGGUUAUAAAGAUUAAAAGAAGAAAAUACUGUGUAAAAAUAAUUGAUAUAAAUAAAUUUGCUUAUCAUGCCUUGUACCUCUAUUUUUGUUUCAUUUGAACUGAUGUUAAGGACAAAGCAAAUAGCAUAUUAAUAGCAGUCAACAGAGUUAUAUGGAUUUUCAGCUUCUGUUACUUCAUUAUAAUUGAUGCCAUAUGUGGAAAGCAAUUAAAUUUGUUGUCUUCUCCCAGUCUUUAAAUACUAUGCAAUAGUGAGGCUUUUUGUAUUAUAAUAGAUAUUAAUAUUUUUGAUGUAUACUGUUUUCUUUGUUAAUUAAUUUUGUAAUGUGUAAAGUAUAUACAUCGAAUUUUUGUCUAUUAUAUCUGGGCCUUUAAUUGUUUACUGUAAUGCGAUAAAAAGGUACAAAUUUGCAGUUAACUCUUUGCUUAAUGAGUAAGUAUCCUAAUUUGAGUUCCACAUAUUUUUGUGUAAAAUUUAUGCAUGUGAAGUGAAUAUAGUUAUUUUAAAUUGAAUUACAGUUCAGUAGAGUUUAUCAAAGUAAAUUUUUUCAUGUUUUGAUCACAUAUAGUUUAUGUUUACCUAGUCUAGUAUAUAAAUAAUUUAAUGUUUGUUAUACCUUUUACCUUUUCGUUCAUUUUAAAAUAUUUUCUUCUUAUGGGCUGAAUUCAUAUUGAUCAUUAACUAUAAAUAUCACUGCUCAACAGGAUCCUGAGUUUUUCAAAACAAAUAAUUAAUAUAAACUUUAUCCAGAAAUUUGGAAGUCAUCAAUAUUAUGUUUGCUUUAAAACCAAGAUCUGAAACUGCUGAGAGUUUUUUAUUUGCUGAUUAAAAUGAAUAAUUAAAAUUUAUAUGUGCAGUUUGAUUUUUUUAUAAUUAAGGAAAUUAUCUUGCGAGUGGACUAUUUAAAAACCUAGUAUAUGUAAAGUGCCCAUAAUUGUGGGGUAACUUGCUUUUAUCUGGGUAGUUGAAUGAAGUGCUUCCCUAAAAAGUUCUGAUGUAAUUAUAGUCAUUCUGAUUUUUUUUAACAUUUAUUAUGAAAUUUUAGCAGAAAUAUUUUAUUUUCUUUACAAUGGUAUUAUAAGGUAUUUUCUCCCUUUUUUAUGCAUGCCAUUGUGGUGUAAUUGGAAGCAUACUCAAGACAUUCUCAAAAGGUCCAGAGUUUGAGUCCCAGCAAGAGCACUGUACAUUUUUCAUUUCUCUUGCUUCAGAAAGAAAUGUAAUGACUCUACAAGUGGUAUCUGAACUAAAAGGUGGUCGAUGAUAGUUCGUCACCACCAGGAUUUGGUGAUUGAGUCCCCUAAUCCCAUUGCCCCUUAAAACGGGGGAGUAUAUAAUGUAUUUUCUCCCGCGUUUUCGCACGCCUUCGUAAUGAAAUUGGAAGCAUAUUUAACGCAUAUUCAAGAGGUCAAUGGUUUGAGACCUGGCGAGGGCUAUUGCACAUUUUUCACCUCUCCUGCUUCAAAAAAACCUAAUGAAUGUACAGUAUAUUAGGAUUUUAUAUAAUACGAUCAGUUAUUGAUAAAAAUUAAGGAAUUUUCCUUUAUUUUUAUUAAUUGCAUUCCAUAUUUUUAUGUGCUAGUCAUAUGAUACAAUAUUUAAAAUUUAACCCAUGCGAAAUUUAUGGAUGGGCAAAACUGCUAUUUUAUGUGAUCAGAUCAGAAUCAUUUGCUCACUAAACUGUAUUGGUUUUUAUGACUUGCCAUUCAUUAACCAUAACCUUGAAAAAAAUUGGAAAUGACGACUAAAUGAAUAAUGGUUAGGGAGGAUGAAUCGAACAGCAGAAAGAAUUGAAUGAGCUGUGGAUCAGAAUUGGUUAGCAAAGGUGGAGUGAAAAGAAUUGAACAAGCAGUGGGAUGAGAAGAAUAAACUUAAUCAAAUGCUAACUCCCUGGAUUUAUUUCUUUCAACAGUAAUUUUGUAAUUCCCUAAAACCUCCUAUCUAUAUAUAGAACUGAUGAUAAAUUUCUAGAAUAAAAAAAAUGUACAAAAAGUUUGAAAAUGAUAAAAAUUAAACAAAUGAGAAUAAGCAUUCUUUCUCCUAAAAUCGGAAACAAACUUUCAUGGCAUGCUUCUAACAGGAAACUCUUAGUGGAUAAAUUCUAAAAGAACUAUUGCUUUUUUUUUUUUUUCUUUUUUAUUAUUAUUAUUAUUAUUAUUAUUAUUAUUAUUAUUAUUAUUUUUGGUGAUUUAGUUAGUGAACGGAUAACACAUUACUUAUGAAAAUAUCACAUUCACCAGAAUAGUGCUUUACCAAGUUUGAACAGGAUACAGCAGAUAUGUCUGUAUGUUGCUUAAGAAAGCCAGUUUCUAUUGCUGUAAGCUAAGAUAUAUGUUAUACCUAUAGUUCUUCUGAGCUUCUAGUAUAUAGUAAAUUUAGGAUCAAAACCAACUAAAGAUAAUAGUUGCUAUUGUAAUUUUUGGCAGAGGGUGGUAGUAUGCUUAUAAAUUAUAUCUAAAUAUUUAAAAUAACUUGAAAAUCAUAUUUUGAAGAAUUUUUAAGUAAAAGAAAUCACUAAAAAUUUCAGAAGCUUUAAGAAACAGUACUUUUAAAAUUUUAAAUCAUCUUUAUAUUACUUUUAGGACCAGUAUCAUAGUAAUAAACACAAAUAUUGAAAUAUAUUUCUUCUUUUCCUUUCCAAAUCUUUAUAACUGUUAAUCUAUUGACCACCUAAUGUCUUACAUUGACCCAAGUAAAAUUUACUCAUUUGAGAAAUAUGUAUUUUGAAAAUCUUAGAAUUUGUCACUUAGUGUCAAAUAUUUGCAUUUCAAGCAUUGCAGUUAGCUAUAUAAUGUCGUAUCAACUUUUGAUCUAAAACCUUUAAAAUAGUCUGACCUUAAGAGCUGUAGCUAAAUGCCAAAGUUCUUUCUCCCCUUGUUUUAAUGGGAUUGGUCUUCAGGCACAUAUACACCCUGACAAUCCUAUGUUUAUGCAAAAUGAAGAAACAAAUUCCUGUUGUGUGAUAUGCAGUCAAUUUACUGCAUUGAUUACAUAUCAGCCAGCUGUUUUUUGUUAAUGUUUUCUUUUUGAAUUCCUUGUGGUAACAUUUUACUUUCAUCAGAAAGUAAAGUGAGAGCAGUGCUAAUAAUAGUUUUGAAAGCUCUCGAGCUUAUGCUUAAAUUAAUGGAUAUUGCUGAUAUCUUUUGAACUGUAAUCAUUUCAUAUGCAUAUUUUUUCAUUAUUUGUUUAUUUAUUUAGUCACUUAUGUUAAUUUGAAAUGAUGAAUUCAAACGAGCAAAAACAGAGCAUGUAAACUAUUGAAAUGAAACUUCGAUUUUGAUAAUGAAAGAUAAUUUUUGUUUUGAUGAUGAAGGAUCAGUUAACACAUUCACUGCCAAACCUGGUAUGGUGCAUGCAGUCACGCAUGCCAAGAUCCUGUCUUCACUUUUGUGCUUUUGAAUUAUUUUCUUUUGUUUUAUUGUUUUAAUAACUAAUAACCUUUGGCAGUAAAUAAAUUGACAUAGUUACAGUUCAUCAUAGUCAAAUUUCAGCAUAAUAUAAUAAAGAUCUCUUUUAUUUGAUUCAGAAGUCAAACAACAAAAAUCAGCAUUAAUUCACAAAAUU